CACUUGUUAGCAAACAUACAGCCUUCUUGAAUUAAAGUUCAUCCCCAAGCUGCCCUGGAUCCAACCUUGAAGAGAGAACUCGCUUUUUUGAUUAACCCCAGCGUAAUUACAGCGUGCGUCCUCUCCCCGGUUUGCCAUUUAGUCAGUCAUAUCAUUUGCAAAUUAGGAACGUAUUAAUGUGGCUAUACUAGACCCAAGUUAUGGGACGAGUUGUGGUGAUACUGCUGGGAUAUUUUACAUCCUGUAGGUCUGUUUGCUAUGUGACUUCAGUGUGUAAAAUAUGUCUAGACCAGAAUAAGGUAAAGGCAAACAAAAAAAACAUCUUUCCCAUUAAGAUCCUGUUACAUUUUGUAACAAAGAGCUUUCAUGUGUUUCUGACAGCGGUGUUUGUUGUCAGCUGAGCCUAAAUAGAUAAAACAAUCCCAUUCAGGGGCCACCGGGUUUGCAGGGCCUGCUGCGCCAUAAUGCUCAGCACAAGCUCUCCGCUGACUGCUUAAAACGAAGUGUUUUUUGUCAAUAUUAGCCGGACUACUUGGGGGGAAGUUUAUAAUUGGACAUGUGUUUCCCCCGCUUUUUGUCGUUUGGAGAUCAACUGAUUCUUUUGUAAUACGUUUUUAAAAGCAAUGAACGAUUCAGAAGGAGGGAUGAAGUGUUCUUAGAGUUCCCUUUCAGCCUUUAGAAUUGGCCAGAGCAACCCGCCGAGAAACACGGAGGCCCUGGAAGUAUUUAAUCCAGGGGAUGGGCCCACGAGGCUGUCACACAGCUGAGAUUCAGGCACGCGCAGGUAUACCAGUUUAUUCACGAAAACCCGCGCUAAGUUGGCUUCCCCCUAGAGACCCCCUAAAGAAUACUUUCAUUUUGCUUUUAAAGUAUGGAGGACAUGCUUUUUGACUUCGACCAGGAUGGAACAACGGAUUUUGCAUUUUGGGGACAGAUGGACCAAAACUUCCAGUUUCAAAGCCAGCUGGACACCUUCCUGCUGGACUACACCGCAGCCGCCGGCCAGCUCUCGCCCUGGUCGUCUUUCGGCAGCCAGUCCAUGUUCCCGGACUCUCAGCUGACCUUCACAGACCUCGACUUGCAGUCUCCGGAGGCCGGAACCUGUGCUGAUGGGGAAAGCUCCUCCGUGGACGAACCCCUGGAGGGGGAAAAGCGCAGGGCGCGGCGGCUGGUUCCCCAUCAGCCCUACAAGGUGCAGCGGCAUGCCGCCAACAUCCGGGAGAGGAAGAGGAUGCUGAGCAUCAAUUCCGCCUUCGAGGAGCUGCGCUGCCACGUACCAACGUUUCCCUACGAGAAGCGGCUGUCGAAGAUAGACACUCUGAGACUGGCCAUAGCCUACAUCGCCCUGCUGAGAGAGAUCCUCAUGUCAGGCUGCGACCCCAAAUCCUAUGUGGACGAGUGCAUGAAGAAUGGCUACAAGAAUCAUACCAACGCCAUCUGGAACACAAGUGAUCUGACAGCCCGCCUCUCUUGGAUAAAGUGGGAUUAACUGAGGAACAUGGGGCACCCUGAGUGUGGAGAUUGUACCAGGGAGGAGGUUCAGGAUUGUUUCUCGCUCUUCUCUCUCUCUCUACAUGUCAAAGACAGGCGGCCGGCCGCCACGACAGAACCGACCGACAUCUGCAGACUUCUCACUGGGUCACACACCUCAGGCUUUCUCAGCCCCAUCCACGCCUUCGCCCUCCGUGGCUUUUAAUAUUCUAAUUUAUUGUUAACUGGUAAUUGAGAGCCAUUGUUUCUGGGGCUGGGGAGGGAAAGAGGGUUGGCAUUGUUUGCCCAAAUGGGUGGCACUUGUCACAGAGAGGGGGGCACAUUGGCAUGAGACUGAAUGGACUUCCUAAGGGCUCAUACUUCUGCAUGCACUGAAGUGUUCUCUGGACUCUCGCUCAUUAGUCUGCGAGUCGAUGUGUUAAAAAGAGCCUUGAUCAUGUAAAUGAGACAAUGGGCGUGAGAAGCAGAUCAGUGCAAUGUGUUUUAGCAUGUCAGGUGCUGCUUCCAAAGACGGCAGCCAGGCUAGUAGUGUGCGGUUUGUUUUAUGUGAAACCUCCCUCAACUGUAUUUAUUUAUUUAUUUAUUGCAUGUUCGUGACCAAAUAGCCUGCUUGUACUACUUUCUUGGAUGUGUAUUUGUACAAAUUGUGAUUAUUUAUUGUUCUGUAACUCAAAAGAGACUGCUGUGUUUAUUGUGGAUGUACUGUACAUUUGCUCCCCGCUCUGUGAAAGUGUCAUUUUCCUUAAAGGGAUCACCACAGAAAACCUCACUCAGCACCUUUCUAGUUUAAUGCGUUAAAAAUGAUCUCUGGUCAAGAUCAUAAAAAGCAGCCCCUCCCUUCCUUCUCUAGUUUGGUUUUAUUUAUGGUAGAUUCCUUAAUGUCUUUUUGUAUUGAGGUCAUCAGUCUGUUACAAGGUCGGUGAAGCGCCUACAUAUCAUCUCUCUCUCUUGGGCUAACCCUCUGUCCCUGAUUUCUUUUCCUGUUAGCUUCAUAAAAUACUCUAAGGCACACUUAAAUUUGGAUGGAUAUUUCUAUUCAUACCAGUGGACCAUGUUUAACCAAUUUCUUAUUACACACACUCCAUAAAUUUAGUCAACACUUUAGGACAGUGAGUCCAGGUGCAGAGCUGUGCUGACCACAUGACCUGGGCCGGUGAAGAGUGUUACAGGUGUCGUUCCUUAUAGUGAGCCAUAUUCCCAGCCUUAAACUGCUGCUGUGCCUAACUUCAUGAUGGAUUAACUGCUGGUGCUAGUGGAGCCAAAAAAUCACUGUUUAACAGGACAAAGAAUUUUCAUGUAGCAGUUGAGAAGGAAAUAAAUAAAAUAACUUCUAACAGUCGGGUUCUGAUGUGUAACUGUGUGUUACACAGUUGCAGCAAGGACAUUUUUGGUAAUUAAAGUGCCAGUUAGUGCCUCCUGGCUAACAAUACAUGCUGUACCAGUGUAAUCAAAUCAAAUAUGAGUUCUGUGUGUUAGCAUGCUAACAUUCGCUGAUUAGCAAUAGGCCCAGACAAACACAAACUGUGGACGAGAUGGAUGGGAACGUCAUUAUUUUUGCAGGUAGCCUAUUUGGUCAUAAACCAGAUUGAGUUUUUGUGAUGGAGGUAAAUCAAAAUUCAAAGGAUCGCCCUUAUAAACAGUUAUUAAAAUUCAUCCUGAGGGGAACAUGAACGUCUGUUCCAAACUUCAUGACAAAAACAAUUGUUAAGCC